AUGGCUGCUGGUAACAGGAAGCGACCCCGCCUCGACUUGGGUGCUGUCGCUGGAGGACAGCAUAAACGCGGUAGAAACAUGUUUGGUAUCUUAGUGGGCACAUUGAACAAAGCCAAGAUCGAGGAGAAGGAGAAAAGUGCGAGCGAAGCGGCAAAGAAACGGCAGUUAUUGGAGCAGAGGUUACAAGCUAAGCUACGAAAAGAGACUGACUCUGUCAGGAGAGCCGAAGAGGCCAAAAAGGACAAGGUGAACGCGAACAGGAAGGAAGAAGAGCUGCAGCUCAAGGACUCGAUACACAAACUCCGCCGAACAAGAUAUCCCUUACUCGCCAAUUUCCUCUGCACGACUGAUCAGAUCCCCAUGGAUGGCUCAGAGCCACCACCCAUGAACCCCCUUUCAAACCCACCGCGAUCCCACCCCCCACCUAUAUACUACCUUCCCGCUGUCCUCACACCCGCUCAAGAGGCCUUCUUGAAUCGGCGAAAGGCUGAGGUCAAGGAGGCGGCUGAGAAGGAAUGGGAAGCCUUCCGCGAAGAGCGGCAAAAGGGCAUCGAAGAAAUCAACGAGCUCCGUCGACGCGUCGCCGAAGAAGAGGCGCGCCAAAAGGCUCAGAAAGAGACUGAAAACGACGUUGAGAUGAACACCGACGAAACGCCUAAGGAAGCUGCGGCGGCGAAUGGGGACUCCCAGCCUGCACCUGCGGAGCCAUCCCCGGAGAAGCCUGCCGAGAACGGUAGUGCUGCACAGGAAGAUGCAGGGAUGGAUGUGGACGACAGCGCGAGCCCGGAAAAGGUCGAUGCCGCUAAAGACGAUAAGCAACCGGCGGAACAGGAGAAGGAGAAGGAGCCCGAGCGCAAGGAAGAACCUGCGCCGAUGCAGGCGGAUGAUGUGGACGCGGUGGAGUACUGA